ACUUGUGAUAAACAUCGCGAAUUCCAAAACUGAGAACCCACACAGUUUGCUUCCUGUCCUAGCUGUAUCGUUAUCCACGCAUCUGCUUCAGCAGUCAUUGUCUGUUCUGAAAUAAAUUAUUGGAAGAUGCAGUUUAUUUGUCAAUGUCCGACUAGAAGCACUUUUUUCAACUCUCGCAAUAAGUUUAUAACUGGCUCUUUAUUAAGAUUUUGUAGAGAAGCCAACGUUGUUUCCUACAGUAGACUGAAUAGUAGCAAGACCUUGAAGUGGAAGUUACGGAAAAGAGUUCUCGUUUCUGAAUUGGAAGGCUGGUAUAAAGCUCGUGUUAUUCACAAUGUAUACGAAUCUGAAGGCCAUCGUACCCUAUGCCUAGAACCACCUUCCAUUGUUUUGGAACAGUACACGAAUCCUGGAAUGUUCGUCAAACUUUCGAAUGGAAAGGAAAAACCAAACUUUUUUGCUGUAGCAAGUGCUGUAAAUUCCCCUUUUUUGGAGUUUUUAGUGAAGAGAACACACUCAACUGCUUGGUUGUGUGAGUUGGAAAAAGGUGGUCAGAUAUUCAUAAGUUCCGUUAUGGGAAAAGGUUUUCAACUUUCACGUCUUCACGAUGUGGAACACAUCUAUUUGUUAGCUACUGGUUCAGGUAUUUCUCCACUCAAAGCAGUUAUGGAAAGUACAGAGUUUCUUCAGUUGUCAAACAAAAAAGAUUUGCAACUUUAUUAUGGUGUUCGUACGCCUGAGAGAUUCUCUUAUCAAAAUAGAUUCUCAGUAUGGCAGCAGACUGGAAUUAGAAUACAUAAGAUUUGUUCAACUGAUGCCUCAGGGAGGUGGACUGGUAGGGUAGGUUAUAUUCAACACUGGUUGAGAAAGGAUGGCAUUCCGAAUCCUGAAAAAACGGGAGCACUAUUAUGCGGGGUCAAAGGAAUGAUAGAAGAAGUAACUCAGUUAUUACAAACGCAAGGCGUUCCUUCCGAUAAGAUCUUGACCAACUUUUGAAAAACGUCUACUUUAUGAAGUAAAAUAGACAACUAUUUGAUAGUCGUGCGAUCCCUUUCCACGAGGAGGCCUUUCUUCCGACUGCAAGAAAAAAGACAACCCGUUGUCAGACCUAUACUAGAAUCAAUGAUUCUUUUUGGUAUUAAGUCGUCAUAAGAGCGAAAUUGGCGACCGAACGACUUUCCAAGUAUUUACUUGUUUAAUGCUUCAAUAAUAGUCUCGACCUCAGGAAACUUGAGUUUACGAGGUGGACCUUUGGACUUGCCAUCCCAGAUAAGAGUUUCCGUCUUGUCCUUUACCAAAUAGACGUUGAACGUGCCUUUACCUGUUCGAGGUUUCCCAUAAGGUUGAAUGGAAACUGUCAAGGAGGGCUUUUGUUCUUUCAAUGCAGCCUCUAACGACUUUGCUUGUCUUUUGUACGUUCCUAAAGGGGUUGAAAGUUACGUGACAUCACAAGGAAUCCAAUUAUGGUUACCUCAGCUAGUACAGUGCUCAAUGA